UGCUGCUACAUUCCCACAUUAGAGAGACGCAGAGAGAGAGAGAGAAGAAUGGAAAAUAUGGGUAAAGCUAAGAAGCUCAUAAACAGAAGUAAGCUAAGCCAUUAUUUGUUGUUCGUUUCACUGAUCUCUCUCUGUUGUCUUCUCUUGUCUUCUUCUUCUUCUUCCUCCUCCUCGUCCUUGCUUCAUUACUUCAACCUCUACCUUUCCUCCUUGCCUUCUCAGAUCUUGUCUCACACCAUUGACAAGAACUGCAUGUUCCUUCUCUGUAAUGGCCUCCUUGUUUUCGUCAGCAUCACCAGAUCGUUAUCCAAGUCUGAUCCUGGUGAUCACGAUCGGCGUGAUGAUGAUGAUGAUGAACCUCUUGAACGUUCUAGUAGUAUUGAAGAUACUUCAGAACAAGUUGAGGCCAAAGAGUUGAAUGUUCAAGUCAGGGCUACUAAGAUAGAUGCGGAAAUGGAGGAAGAAGAAGAAGACGAAGAAGAAAGCAAAGAAAGUGAAGUCUUGGAUUUGGCUAUGAAGAAAGAAGAAGAAGAAGAAGAAGAAGAAUGGAGGGAAAAUGAAGAGAUUUUGGUGGAAGAAAACGUGGAGGAAGAGGAUUGGGGGUUAAGCACAGAGCAAAUGAACAAGAAAUUUGAAGAUUUCAUCGGAAGGAUGAGGGAAGAUUUGAGGAUUGAAGCUAAAAGGCAAAUAGUAAUGGCUUAUAAUUAGCAAAACCUGUUUCUUUUUUAAAUUGAAAAAAAGAGAUUAAUCUUAGGAUUUCCAGGUAUUCUUUAGUCUUCUCUUCAUUCCCCUGUCCUUUCUCACCCUCUUGUACUUUAAUUAGUUGCUUGUCUUUCUGGCAAAAUUGGAAGUUUAAUCCUUUGAUGCCAAGGAAUUGUUUAUUACUCUCGUUCUCCCCCCCUCUUU